GUUUAAAUUUUCUAUAUAGAGGAAAAAUGUAAUGAUGAAUGGAUUGCAGGUGCAAAAUCUAGUUGCAGAAAUUGUUGACUCCAAAUUGGGCAAACAAAUUACAAGAAUCAAGCCGUCCCUCACUUACAUUGCCGCAGAGGAAGUAAUGAGCCUUGUGACUGCUCAAGUGGCGGAGCAUAGUGAAUUGAAGGAGGUGUGGAAAGACAUUCUGAAUGCACAGGGUGAUGAAAUAUAUGUGAAGGAUAUCGGUUUCUACAUGCAGAAGGGGGAGAAUCCUUCUUUUGCUGAGCUGUCUGAAAGAGCAUAUUUGCGACGAGAAGUUGCCAUUGGUUACAUGAAGAACAAUACGAAGGUAAUUUAUGCCUUCUAG